AUGCCGGACUUUUCUCUUGUCCCCAGCGGGCAUGGAAGCAACUACACCGGGAUGCUCACUAGGAGUAUAGUUUUCUCUGGAGCUCUGCUUGUGUUUCUUGCCGCAUCUGGGAUGACAAUCGCGUCCAUCAUUGUCCCCAACUGGAUUGCAUAUGACGGCGGCAAGAACAUCCAUCAGACAUACGGUCUCCAUCGGAAAUGCUCCAGUACGAACGUUUUCCCUCCGCCUAAUUCCUACACUGUUUCUACAUCUCUUCAUUGCGUGCAGUUCCCACGCUACAAUGAUUGUCGAGGCGAAGACCGAUAUUUUUGCAGCAUGUGGAGGUCUGUGGGCUUUCUGAUGUCCUUCGGCGUGGUCCUGGAGGGCAUGACAAUUGCUGCAUUCGCGGUGCUACUGAUUGGUGGAAAGCAAAAAAGAGAACAGGGCUGGGGUGUGCUCACCAUCUUGGUUGUGUUAGCAGCAUUUGUACAGGCUCUUGGGAUGGCGCUGAUGGCAUACUUGUAUGACAAUGACGAACGAUUCUCCUCGGGAUGGUAUCUGGACAAAAGCUGGACCAUGUGUACGCUCUCUUGGAGCUUCCAGACUUUAUGUGCCAUUGCAAUUACUCUAGCUGCUGUGGUGCUUCCGAGUGAAGGAGGAUAUGAGAUGAUUCCUGACCGUCCUUAA